AUAAUGGUCUCGACACCUCGUCGUGCGCACGAGUUAUCUCACGGAGAUAUCGUGCGGUAUAUCCCGCGUUACUUAUCAAAGAUAAGUACUCAGUAGUUUUCAGGACGGUUCCGAGCAGUGUUGGGCCCGUUCACCGAUUCACGCCUUAAAACUAAAAGAAACAGAGUACAAGGGAAUUAACUUUAAGUAUGAAUAGUCGCAAAUAACCGACGUGGAGCUCGCGAUAAUUGCGUCGAAUGGAGCAUUGAUUUUCUGUGUCGGUGAAAAUGUGAUUUUCACGGAAGUUCACGCGAUCGCGUAUACGAUAGCAAAGAACAUGAAGGACCGGAUAAUAACGCCUCGUGGUUUACUCUGUUUGCUGGCCGCGUGCUUCGGCAUUUUCUCGAUCGCGCAGUGUCAAAGCACUUGUCCUGCAAGGUGCCUGUGCCACCUCAACCGAACGCCAAGAACUGUCAUGUGCUCAAAGCAAGGCUUGGAAGUGUUCCCCCAAAAUAUAAGCGAUUUGGUGGAGCAAUUAAAUUUAUCGGACAAUUUAUUAACGAGUAUCAUCGACGACGUUAACCGACUGAUAGAAUUAGAGUACCUGAAUUUAGCAAGGAAUAAGCUAAGUUCACUGCCAGAUAAUAUAAGAUCACUAAAAAGUUUACAAAGGUUGGACCUGAGUGGCAACAAUAUAUUGGAAACGAGUCAUAUUAGGUCCUUGGCGCAAUUACCGUCCUUAUCGGUCCUUAAUUUAUCAAAAAAUUCAUUAUCCACUUUGGAGGGGUUAAUCAGCGCUAAUCUUGAAAUCUUGGAUGCUAGUUAUUGCGUAAUAAGACAGCUGAGUAAUACAUCCUUGGACGGUUUACCGAAUCUGACUAUGCUUAGUUUAGUGGGGAAUCCAUUGAAAUAUGUUCAAGACACGUGGGGCCCGAAACUACAAUGGCUCGAUAUGUCUGACUGUCUUUUAAAUUAUUUGAGUCCUUUUACCUUCCAAGGAUUUCCAGAGCUUGAAGAGCUUCGACUGUCGAACAAUCCCAAAUUAAUCUACAGUACGAGAAACUCAACAUUGACGCACUUAAAGCUGAAGAAGCUCUACGCGUUAAGAUGUAAUUUAGACAGACCUGGUCUGCACGGAUUUCCAUCAUUGACUUAUGCAGAUUUGUCCAAUAAUCAAAUUCAAAUGUUGCCCGAUCGAAUUUUUGCGAAAAACCGAGGACUCAGUUUUCUCCAUUUACAUGCGAACGAGAUCGAGAAACUGAAUGCGAGUACCUUCGAAGGUUUAAAGAAACUUCAAGUACUGGAUCUGUCGGCCAACAAUAUAAAAACAAUUCAUCCAUUAGCGUUCAGCGGAAACGUCGAACUCAAUCUUCUAAAUCUAUCUUACAACGUAUUGCAAGAUUUCCCAAAUCUUAGAGCAGCAGUGAUUAAGUUGGACUUAUCGUACAAUCUGAUCAGUCAUAUGAAUGCAGAAUUUUUAACGAACUUGCCUCAAAUAAUGGGAAUUUAUUUGAAUGACAACCAAUUACGACAACUACCAUCCGGUAUGCAAUCAUUGACAUUGAGGAAUUUGGAUUUGCGAAGAAACAGAAUAGUCGAAGUGAGCAACGACACGUUUCUUCAGUUACCGCAGCUUAUGAGAAUUGAUUUAUCAGGAAAUCGAUUGACAGGAGCUUUGGACCCGGAAAUGUUUCAAAACAAUCCAAUCUUGAAUAUAAUAGAUUUGGACGAUAAUCCGUGGCUUUGCAAUUGCAAGGAAUUGCAUCUUAUGUUCAUCUAUUUGACGCAUACGCCCGCAAAAACUUUGAAGGAAUCUUUAAUAUGUCAAAGGCCGAAGAACGUAUCUGGUUAUACUUGGGAGACUGCUUGUUUCGAACAAUGGAACGCGCCUUCGUAUUCUAAUAGGGACCGAACUUGGGGAUUCGUGAUGAUCGGUUUACUUAUGAUGGUUGUCCUCUGCGGAAGUUUCAUAUCGCUCAGACAUAUGAUGAGAAUCAAAAGAAGAGCCAUUGAACAAAGAGAGCAAUUGGAAACCUUUGGAUUAUUAAGCCGUAGAAGGACCCAUCCCAGACAAGAAGAAGAACAGCAAGAACAACCACCACCUCGUGAACGCCGACCGGAACCGAGAAUUCACCCUCUGGAGUUGGUGGAACCACCUACUUACGAGGAAGCAGUGCAGAUGUCAAGACUGGCACGUUCUCUGGACAAUUUGGACGACAUAUCGGUGGAGACAACUUCUAUGCGCAUGGGUUCGGCCGACAAUUUGAGAAUGAAGUAUGUCAGGAGAACAAGAAGACCGAAGAAAAGAUUUCAAAGCGAAGACGAUUUGCUAAGGAGGGAGGAGAGGCGGCGCGAAAGGCUUAGAAGGGUCAGAAACACCUCAGCUGAUAACAGUGGAACCGAGGCACCUAAGAGUCAGAGGAAUUCGAGAGCGAACGUAGCGCGUAGAGCCAGGAGGCAGAGCAUGAUGAGCGAUUCAGUAGAUUCCGGAAGUGGAAGAACUCAACCGAGACCGCAAACACCGAACGCGAAGCAAAAGAGAAGACGCACGAUGUACGACGUCCACUCAAGCGACGACGAGGACUCAGAUAUUCACCCAGUCGGUUCUAGCAGAUCGAUCGUUAUCAGAGAACUGAAAAGAGAACCCAGAAGCGGUUACAGACAUUCUACGGUAGAACGGGACUCUUAAAAAAUAAACUAUGAACCAAAUUUUUAGCGAAACGUUAGUGCAAUUUGAUACUUUACGAUUUGGUAUUUUAAAACAAUCAGAAUCAAUUACACGAGAUUUUAAGGAACGAAUAAAGACGUGGAAGUACAUGUUCGCUUUUUUAUUUCAAUGGAAUAGGUUGUGGAACCAGAUGGUUUUUAAAGCAUGACAAGAUGUCGGUAACAUUUACAGGUUUUACUUUUUGAAGAGAGGAAAGUGUUAAAACAUGAUGGAAAUUGUAUUGAUG